AUGUACUUAAAAGCGAAAGAUUGUGAUGAAUUGUUGCCAAGUGAAGGGCCAGAUCCAGAAUCUCGUUGGGGCUUGAUAUUUGAUGGAGUUGUUGAUUCUUAUGGAAAUGGAAUUGGGGUGGACAUUGUCACUCCUCAAGGUUCUCAUAUUCCAUUUACCGCAAGAUUGACAUUCACUUCUACGAACAACGUGGUAGAGUAUGAAGUGUGUAUUAUGGGUCUUGAAGAGGCUAUCGACUUGAGAAUCAAAAUUUUGGAUGUAUAUGGAAUUUCAGCUUUGGUGAUUAAUCAGAUCAAAGGAGAAUGGGAAACCCGUCAGUCUGGUUUGAUUCCUUACCAAGAUUAUGCUAGGAGGUUGUCAACUUUCCUCAACCAAAUUGAAUUUCAUCAUAUACCUUGUGAGGAGAAUCAAAUAGCAGAUUCUCUGGCAACUUUAUCCUCCAUGAUUAUUGUGAACCGAUGGAAUGGUGUGCACAUAAUAAAUGUUAUACGCCUUGACAGACCUACUCAUAUGUUCGAUGCGGAAGAGGUCAUUGAUGACAAACCAUGGUAUCAUGAUAUUAAAUGA